AUGGCUUCAACGAAUCCGGAGUCCAUGACCAACGCCCAAGGCGAAUUCAUGCCUCAUAAACCUCGGGAUCGACCUAUGGAAGCUACAGGCCACAAGCCAGGCCUCAUGACUAGUUCAGCAGACCGGGCCCCCGAAUUCCACGCAAAAACCGUCCCGCCCGGCACUGCCCCAAAGUCCGCUCUAUACACGCCAAACACCCAGUCCGAGAUCCCGGGGCAAGCAAACAAUGAGAAUGUCCUACGAUCCCAUGGGAAAGAAUCAGUAUACACGGACCCGCAAAGCACGUUGCCUAGCGCCACGUCCGCUGACGUUCACACUGGUCUAGGCCAUCCUGGGCAGGGCCAAACGUCGACAGAAUUACGACACGAAGGUCAACAUACGAGAAAGAAGGCUCCCUCAGGUCUCGAGGGUGCUGGGGCACGAGGCGGAAGUGAAUUGCGUGAGGAUGGGGGUAAUGUUGAAUUUAGACGGCUGCGGGAAGGAGACCAUCCAAAGGGCCCUAUCUCGGGACAUAACGUGAGUAAGGACGGGGCGGAGAGCAUGUUACCUGUGAGCGCGGAGGAGGUUGACGCCGAGGGCGUUAAGACGAAGACAGAUGCGAGUGAGUAUUCAAGAGCCAAAGAGGCAAAGGGCGUGCCGGACCGGGGGGCCGGCAUGGAUCACAAGACUUGA